AUGGACGUACAGGACGAGCAUGUAUUGGACGUUGAUUUGUUGGCUGACGAUGGCUCUGAAGAUGAAGGCGAAGCCCCGCCGUCGUCAGAAUUUUAUACUGGGCCGGGCUCUACUCCAACAUCGUGCGCAUCUUCGCCUCGAGGUGAAGAACCUGCUUCACCUCAUGGUGCAAUCUCGCAGCCUUCUUUCUUCCACCACCAGUCCUACACUAGGCCAUUUUUCACAUCAGGUCGUAGGGGACCAGGUAGACCGAGGAAGGAAGGCCCAAAGUUAGUGCGAGAGGGAAAAAUUGUUAGAAGGUAUAGAGGAGGUGCAGGUUCACUUAGAGGAGCAAAAAGACACCGCGGUAGUCGUGAUGAUGCCCUCGAGGACAUGAUGGAUGAUGAUGAUUUCCCAAUACCACCUAUACCUGAAGAGCCACCCUAUAUGCCCGAAAAAUGGCCAGGCAAAGUGUGUGCUCUAUGCAACCUAAGUGAGCGAAGUCAGUUAGGGCAAGGAGAGAUGCGGCAAAUCCCUUGCAAGUUAAACGACGGCGACGGCAGUUCAACGCCUGCAAUCACUUCUGGCAACGCCACACCUACUAAUAUAGUUACACCUACCAGUACUCCUAGCACUCCUCUCACGCCAGGACUGGUGUCUCCUCCGCCGGAACUCGUCGACCCCAAUCAGCAUCCAUUGGCAUUGCCACUGAGUAGAAGGCAAAAAGCAUUUAAUAAGUGCAAAACUCCCCUCUAUAACAUGGAGCAUACGGACGAACUCUCAAUCAUUGGUCAUAUAGAAUCCUUAGAACUAGCAGGGGUAGUAUCAUCAGGUUCCUUGUACAUCCACCGAUGUUGUCUGGAGUUUAGUCCCCCUUUCCAAGAACAAGUGGCAGCAACAUGCAAUUCUGAAGAGGAGAAAGAGCAGAUGGAAGAGGCAAGGAUUAAGGGAGUUGUCUCCAAUGCGUUGUCUAGAAAAUGUGCCUUCUGCACCAGACAUGGUGCAAGCAUACCUUGUAAAAUGAGUUGCAGUAAAUACUUCCAUCUACCAUGUGUUCUUGCAUCUGGAGGCUUUAUAGACUUUCACACCAAAUCCUCCUUUUGCAAAGACCAUCUAUAUCAAGUGCCUCUUAUUUGUACUGCCGACAUAGAUUGUAGGACCUGUAGAACUAUCGGAGACAUUGCGAACCUCAUGACAUGUGUGACCUGCGGCGCUCACUACCAUGGUACCUGCGUUGGCCUGGCGCAACUACCUGGCGUUCGGUCCGGCUGGUCAUGUCGUGCUUGCCGCGUAUGCCAAGUUUGCCGCGGCGAGACGACCAUGACGAGCGCUCCUCCCACUGGCCACGAGUCGCGGGCGGUCACCUGCGAACAUUGCGACAAAGUGUACCAUGCCACUUGUCUUAGACCGGUCAUGGCGACGGUACCUAAGUAUGGCUGGAAGUGUAAGUGCUGCCGCGUGUGCUCAGACUGCGGGUCGCGGUCGCCGGGCGCCGGCCCCUCGUCUCGUUGGCACGCGCACUACACGGUGUGUGACUCGUGCUACCAACAGCGGAACAAAGGCUCGUGCUGUCCGCUGUGUAGGCGCGCAUACCGCGCCGCCGCCUACCGCGAUAUGAUCCGAUGUGUGCUCUGCAAGAGGUAUGUUCACGGUAUGUGUGAUCCCGACGCAGAACCGACUCAAUAUAGACUGAGGAAAGACCAGAAUGCAUCGUACGAAUACAACUGUCCAAUUUGCAAGAGUCAAAUGCCAUUGACUGGCUCAAAAUCUGGAUCUUUCGAUGACGACACUGUGGCAUCAACAUCCCAAGACUCUUCAUUUGGUGAUGAAAACUCACAACAAGAACAAGACCCUCUUGCAAUUGAAGCAAAGCCUGACGUCGGACUUGGAAAAGGCAAACCGUUUUCUGUUUCAUCAAAAGUGGCGAAGAAAAAAAUUGGCGGAUACAAGUUGAAGGGCGGGUUCCCUCCAGCGGGCAAAGUAGGAUUCUCAAAACGUCAACGCAACAUGCUCGAUUUUGGACGUAAGAGAGGGUCCAAGCCAAAGAUGCGGGGUGUGUUUGGAGUACCAGGGCUAGGUCUUCAGAGGCCUCAGGCACCUGAUAAUAAAACUCAAGAAGAUGACCCGGGUGUGGAAAACAAAUUAGUUCUUUGUUCGAGUAAGGACAAAUUCGUUCUGACACAAGAUCUGUGCGUUAUGUGUGGCGCUAUCGGAACGGACUCUGAAGGAUGUCUUAUCGCGUGUGCACAGUGUGGACAGACUUAUCAUCCUUAUUGUGUUAAUAUCAAGGUAUCUCAAGUAAUAGUGACUUUGGGUUGGCGCUGCCUUGACUGCACGGUGUGCGAGGGCUGCGGCGCGCGGGGCGAUGAAACCCUACUUCUACUGUGUGACGACUGCGACACCACGUGGCACACGUACUGUGCGCGUCCGCAGCUCGCCGACGUACCUCGCGGCGCUUGGCGUUGCGAGCGCUGUCGCCGCUGUCUCACCUGCGGCACGCGGGACACGCUCGCCUGGUGCGACAACUAUACAGAGUGCGCCCCGUGUGCUUCGCUGGUGAUGUGCUGCGUGUGCUCGGAGCCGUACUCAGACGGAGAACUCAUCAUACAGUGCGAAGGGUGCAGGCGCUGGCUGCACGCCUCCUGCGACAAUAUACGAAGUGAAAGCGAUGCCGAAAUUUGUUGUCGUGCUGGCUACAAGUGCGUGCUGUGCCGAGGGCGCGACGUGGCGCCGCCGCACGUGCAGCGCGCGCUGGAGGCGGCCCCGGGCCCGGCGCCGGCCGCGGUGCUGCGGCCCGCGCCGCGCCCCACGCCGCUGUCGCUGGGGCUGGCGGGCGAGUACUACGUGGACGACGUGUGUCUCUCGCAGCGCGGCGCGCACCACAUGAAGCAGCUCGAGGCCGACCUCGGCAUCACGCACACGCGCCGCAAGCGACGAUUCAAGAACGACAACACCGACAAGGACGCAGUGGUUCAGAAUGCAGACGUCGAGAUGGCUGACGACUCCAAGCCGGACAGCACUGCUGAACUGAAAGAAGAGCCUGGUGUAAACUCCAACACAAAUUUCAAAGAAGGGAUUCUUUGGAACGUUGCCAACGAUGGGCCUCCUCCUGAAGGUUUCACUAUAUACACCACGGAUUCGGGUCUUACGGUGUUGCGUAGAAAGCGACAAAGAAAUUUGAAUAAGCUCGGUAUUGGCGGGUUUGUUGUGCGACAGAGACAGACUAACGCUAAAGCGCAAGCUGAUGACGACAAGGAAGCAGAUGGAACCCAGGGAUGUGGAGAGUCACCUAGCAACAAACGCAAGCCUCGUCGGAAGCCCCGCUCCAAACUGAUGGAGCAGUUUCCUUCAUAUAUGCAAGAGGCAUUCUUCGGUAAAGAUCUAUUGGAGCCCAACAGGGUUGUCGUCAGUUCAACCGCUUCCAACCCAGGCGAAAGUCCGGGCGCUACGGUUAGGCCAGCGACCCCAGAAGGAUACCGCGAGUUGCGAGAUUUCAAGUGGGACAUUGAGAAUUCAGACAGUGAUGGCGAGGACGUAUUGUCCGCUUUGACGUCGUUUAACGAUCACGACGUUUCUGUCGUUAUAUCACUCAACACGGAAGAAAUCGAAGUUCUGAACGCACUUAAACCAAAAGACGAAAAGGAUAAUACAUCUACCAAUGCCGAUGGCUCCAUUAAAAUAAAAUCAGAAAUUGAUGAUGGUAAUCUGAAGCAUACAGAAGAUUCUACUGCACUGAAGAACGCUAUCUUAGGACCACAGUCUGCUGAAUCGGAACCUUCAACCAUUGCUACCGAGGGUAUACCCACCGUGCAUAGUACGAAAACUGAACCUAUUGGCAGUGAAACUGGUGGAUCAUCGCAAGCAUCGACAAUAUCACCCAAGGAUGACUUGUCUCUGCUGGGGGUUAACUUGGACGCUAUGGUACGCGAUGGCCUUCCCGAUAUGGACAGUAACGAUGUCGAUGAAAUAUUCAAGGGUGUACUCACGGAUGACUCACAGGAGUCGCAAGAAUCUGCCGUUUCGUACGUGAAUACUAUGGCGAACACACCAUACUCCCAACAAAGACAACAACUUCCAAGUCCUAUGGAGUAUGCGUCACCGUACACUGAAUUUGGUGGUAGCAGCAGCAACAGCGGCAUGAGCCCGCUGUUCUCGGAGUGUAGCGGGUCGGGCGCUAGUGCAAGCGGCGCGGGCGCGGCGGGCGGCUCGUGGGCCGCGCCCGACUCCGCCCCUCAGCCCGCCCCCUCCUACAACCAACGCACCGCUGACAAAAUGCGCGCUGACGAGAGCUUAGGCUCAGCGGCAACUAUAUCAGCGGUCCUGUACGCUAACAUGAACCAUUCAGAAUGGAAAACUGAGUUUCCGAAUUGGGGAGACCGCGUUAAACAAAUUCUGAAAAAGUGGCGAGCGCUGCCAUCAGAUCAAAAAGCCCCUUAUUUGCAACGUGCGCGGGACAACAGGAGCGCGAUCCGAAUGAAGAAAGCUCAACAGAGCUCGAGCACGACGAACGAGGCGGACACCGUGACGGGUGCAGUCGCGGGCGGAGCGAGUCCGGCGCCCGGCGGGGCUGGCGGGGCCAGCGGGACGAGCAGUCUAAGCAGCACACCCGUGACGACGGGCUGCGCAGUCACGGCGGGGACGGGCCCUGCGGGGGGCGGGGUGCGCGCGCCCAACGUGACGGUGACGGCGGGCGGGCUCCUGGAGGCCGACGCGCAUAUCCGCGUGCUCACUCCCUCGGAGAUCAUGCGCACGCUGCCGCGCCUGGCGCACCAUCACCCGCGCACACACACGGAGCUGCACAAACCGAGCGCGGAUUGGCGCGAUGGUGCUAUGCAGAAACAGUUGGAUGAUGCAAUACAUAUGGCUUUGGACUCCGAGCAGGAACGCGCCUGCAACCAACAGCGAAGUGCGCGAGAAGCUGAGCAAGAGCGACAAUGGAAGAACUUGCAGCAACAAAGACAGCAACAGACGCAACAACAGCAACAGAUUAUACACGAUCAAAGGAUGCAAGCAGCGAUGCAGCGUUUACGUACGCCGGACGGCAGCUCACCGCCCGCGGUGACUGGUGGGCCCAUAGGCUCCAUUGGCGCCUUGGGUCCGGUGCCCGUGGGACCCGGUCCCGCGACUGCCGGUCCCCCGCCGCCCUCACCGGCCCCGGCCGAAGCUCCAAGAAGUGCCUUCCCUGCACAACGGUUCCCACUACAUUAUGGAAAUAAUGAAGACAUCAACAGACAGCUUAGAGAUCUCUUGCAAAGGAAUAACGACAAGAUAUGGUCCCCGCAAGACAAUGGCGGCGAUGGGCAAGCAUUCCGCCAGCCGCUGCCCGUAGCGCUGCGGGCGCGCGCCCCUCUCGUGCACACUCAGCGACCUGAACAACAUCAACAAUUGAUAAUGCAACAGCGGAUCGCAACAGCAGACAACAGUCAACUUCAGCAGGCUGUCGGUAACGUUCAGUCGCAGCAACUCGUUGAUCAAAAGUCGAACAUCAUACAAACAAAUGCGCAAGGUGUUGAGCCUAAACAAGAAACGGGCCAGGAACAAGGCAGCGAUGAGAUGGAUAUGGGAGACAUGGACAAGCUUGAGCAAGAUUCUGCAAAUAUUGGAGAGGUGGGGGAUAUUCUGACCGGCUUGGGCGGCGAGGAUGACGAGGAACUUUUCGAGACUUUAACUGCAGAGAUAGGAGAACAGUUUAAUAUAUUAGAAUAUGCAGACCCAGAGCUUGCAGCUCUCAAUGAUGCAGAACACAUUCUCGAUGGACUGGAAUUGGCCGAUGAUGGUAUGCCUGAGAGACAUGCCAAAAGGGAGCCAGAAGAUGAAGUUGAAAGCGGUCAAGAUAAUAAAAUGUACAAUGAUAUUCAAAAAGCUGUCAAAAAUAUAGAAGCGAAAUCGGAAAUAAAGCCAGAGGUUCAGGAUAUAAAACAAGAACUUCAUGAACCUAAGAAUGAGUCCCCGGCUGGGCAAGGGCCUACGCACAUGUCCAGUGACAGUCUACAGCGAUUUAUUACGAAAAACCAACAGAUGGCGUUACAGAAUGCAAUGCAGGCCAUUAAAUCAGAAGUUAAACUCGAAAGUGAAGACAAACCACAGCAGCGUCAAGUCUUCGCACAAAUGUUUGCUAAUGCACCACGACUUCAACUACACCAACAGCAGCAGCGUCCAAUUCAGUCAUCUCAGUUUAACCAAGGAGGACAACCACAAGUUAUGACUCAACAAGUGGUCCAGCGACCUCAAAUACAAUUCGCAGCGAACCAACAUAUGCAUUUCGCUCAGGGUGGAGCGCGCACAUCUGCGCCGGCGGGCGCGGGCGGCGCGACGGCCAGCAGCGCCGCCAGCAACGCGGCCAGCAUCGUGCACGCCAUGACGCAGCAGGUCAACGCCGCGCUGGCCGCCGGCCGCAGCUACGCCGUGGGCACGCGCCUCGUGGCGGCCGACGGCUCCGUGGGCGUCGUGCGCCCCGACCGCACCGUCGCGCUCGCCCACCUGCCCUACAACGCGACAGUAUCAGGAGUUCCGGGUGUCACUCGUCCGCCGCCGCCUCCACCGUACCCCGGCACAUUGCGACAGCAACAACCGCCGCCCCCGCCUUACCCACAGAACGUAAACCAGGAGCAACCGUUGCUUCUCGAGGAGCUUCUGGAGCAGGAGAAGCGGGAGCAGGAGCGCGACGGGGAGUGGGUGGGUGGCGUGGGAAGCGGGUCAGUUGUGGCGCCACCUCCUGUAGCACCCGCGCCGCUGGCGCCGCCCGCCGUGCCGCUGUAUGGGGGUGUAGCGCCCGUGGCGCCGCCCGCGCCUCCGGAGCGUGGUGAGGCGGAGCCGCACGUGCGGCUGCUCUACGAGCAGUGGCUGAAGCAAUACAACGCCUUCGCCGCCGACCAGCAGCGAUACUACGAAGUCGAAGUGCAAAAGCUUCGCAAGAUCCGCAAGUCGCUGAAUAGUAAACAGCGUCAGCUACGCAAGUCUGGCAACGAACUGUUGCCAAACGACGCAGCCGAACUGCAGCGAGUUUCCACGGAACAGCAAGCGCUUCAGAAACAUCUAGAGGCGGCGAGGAAACAGGCUCGACAGCAUAGUAUGCUUAUGCAGGAAUACGAAACAAAACAACGACAACAGAAUCCGCAACUGGUUCAACAAACAGUCAUUAACCAGCAACAAAUCACUAGUAAUCAAACUGGGUUUGUGCCUAACCAAAACCUAAAUCAAGGCCAACAAGUACAACAACAGGGUACUAUAACACGGCCAUUGCAACUUGGGCUACAAGGCACUAACAUACAACAGCAACAAACGUUAAUUCGAACUCAGCAGACAGUCAUAGGUGCUGAUGGACAGUCGAUUUCACAACAGAGAAUUGGUUUAGUGGCGUCGCCACUUACUGCACAAGGAAGAUUGCUUCAAGGUGGGCGUACCCUAGUGAUAGAACAAGCUGGAGCGCCACAACAACAGUUAGUGAGGCAGUUGUCAGGAGGACAAGAAAGACCUCAAUCUGUAGGCGGCAUGGUGCAAUUUGGUCAACAACAACUAUCUGGAGUAAGAGGCUCUAUGCAAACGGGAUCACAAACGCCCCGACCUCCGGGAUCUAGACCUGCGAUGUCACCUUUACAUGUUCAAUCCCCCCAUUCACAAUCUCCCUUACACUCUCUUGCCCCUCAAUCUCCUUUACAUCAUCUAACAUCACCGAUGCAAUCGCCAUUGCAUUCUCAGCAAUCUCCCUUGCAUCACACGUCGCAGUCGCCUCUACAUCCAUCGACCCAGUCUCCGUUGCACACUCAGCAGUCUCCUUUACACUCUCAACAAUCACCAAUGCAUGUGCAACAGACAAACCUGUCUCAACAAUCCCCAAUGCAUCCUCAACAGUCACCGAUGCAUCCGCAACAAUCACCAAUGCAUCCACAGCAAAGUCCGAUGCAUCCACAACAAUCUCCUAUGCAUCCACAACAAUCUCCCAUGCAUCAACAGUCGCCUUUACAUGCUCAACAAACUCAGAUAUCGUCUCAACAUUCCCCGAUGCCUCAGCAAUCACCGAUGCAUUCACAGCAAUCGCCGAUGCAUUUACAACAGUCGCCUAUGCAUACUCAGCAAUCACCAAUGCAAACUUCUAUGUCGCCGCAACAUUUCUUGCAACAAUUACAAGCACAGAGGACCAGCCCUCAGUUGCCUACGCCUAGUAGGAGUCCACAGAUAUAUCAGCAAUCGCAAAUUCAAAGUCCGGUAGCGGCACACUCUCCGCAACUUCAAAACGCUGACUUUGGGUCGGGUAGAUUCCCACGUCCCGCACCCGGCUGUUCACCUUUACCUACAAGAUUCGCCAGACCGCCUCAUCACCAACAAGGUAUGCGGGUAGGAGUACCUUUUGGAGGACGCCAACAGACGUCGCCACUGGGUAGUCCUCAGCCACUGCCUUCUCCUGGAAAUUCUGCUAAUGAGAUGACACGUCAGCAAAUGCUCCAACGCCAACAAUAUAGUCCAAUGGGUGGGGCACCUUCUUCACCAUCCAUAUCGCGAUCACCGCAUGUAGCGCGAACACCGACCCCUUCAGCUUCCCCUGCAGCUUCUCCUGCACCCAACCACGACCAUGGCGGCGGUCUUCAUGGCCCACACGCUCCCGCACCCAUACCGCCUGGAUACCGUUACUUUAAGCUUGGACUUUUUGGUGGAGCUCCACCGUGGCCCCCGCGUGACGACGAAAGACGUCGCCCAACCCAUUUAACUAAGGUUUCCAUACUCAAGCGGCGAACUCCACCACGCCCGAGACCAACGCAAAUCCAUAGCGAUGAUAUAGAUAUCCCAGCGACGUCCAAUGAUGCACGAAGCUAUGUACUGUACUCUCAAGAUGCGUUGGACUAUACCCAUGACGACCACGCUGAUGACACACGACGACACGAUGAUGAUGACGUCGAGGAAUUUGUGGAACACUUAGACGAUGACGACAUUGUUCUCGUAGAACCAGACGCCAUAUCUCCUGAAGAACGCAUAGCCACGGAAGAAGAUUUUGAAGAGCUAAUCGAUAGUGGGAAACCUGAGGAUGAACAAGAAGAAGAAUCUGUAAUAGCCCAAACGCGAACAGAAACUACCACCAAAACGGUAGCUGUAAUUAGCCUUUCCACUGGAAAACAACCGUCAGCUAAUGUUCAACAAUAUAAACUAGUGAACUCGGCUUCGGGCUCGCCGCUAGCUCGUUUGCCUGUACUGAAUGCUACAAUGUUAUCACCUCAUACUAACACCAAAAUUCUCGACGAAGUCUCGCAGGCCACGGUAGCCUCGGUCUCCAUUGCAAAUCAGACAAUAUCUGUACCAGUACUCACAAAUCUUUCAAUGCCUAUUCCUAGUAGCCACGCCGGUGGUGCAAAAACGCAGAUAAAGAAAAUGCCUAUUAAUUUAACUAAUCAACCUUUAGCCAUAAAUAUGUCGUCUUCCUCGCUCUCGAAACCAAACAGUUCGGUUAUUAGCGUUAUAUCAUCGAAUGUGCCUAAAGUUGCAAGUUUAAACCAACCACGAGUACCCGUUUCUAUAUUAACACAGCACCAAGUUAAACAGAAAAUACUUAAAACUAUCGAAAAACCAAUGGUACUUUCCUUGUCAAAUUCGAAAUUAUCAAGCUUAUCUGUAACACAUGACGCUACAUUACCAGCAAAAAUAUUCCAAGACGAUGCUGCAUCUCCAGAUAGCACUGUAACCUCGGAAAGUAAUUCUGACAAGGAUCAAAGCCAUCCAAUGACCUCUACUUCGCAGCAACUAUCAAGUUUAACUUCUCAUGGAUCGUUGCAAAUGGAAAGACCAAGUUUAUUUAAAGAGCCGACUAAAGACAUUGACAUCGAAACUGAAAUAAGUCAGCAGACUGAACUGCCGCAUACGCUUUGUCUAUCAGAUCGCACUCCACUACUAUUAGGUAAAGCGGAAAUAAAAAGUCCAGAUCCAAUCCCUGAAAAAAUCCCAGAUAAUAUCAUGGAAGGAGAUGAUGAAGAUAAACCAGAAGAUACCAUUCAAGGUAGCCUUUUGCUAUCGUAUAAUAAAAGCAUAGCAGAGCCACCAGCACCAAAGCCAAUGCCCGAAUCGAAACCUGACGAAAAUGUGGUGAAAACUAUUAAAGCAAUUGUCAACCAAAGGAAGGAAAUGGUAAUCGAUUCGAACAUGCAGAUAACAUCAGAUAUGGCACAGGAGUCUGUACAAAUAUCCAUUCCGUCACCUACGCCUUCUCAGGAACGAUAUUUGAACGAUAUUACAAUGCAAGAACACUCUGAAACUGCUGAAGGGAAUACUAAACAUGUCGAAACCUUUGAAGAUAUGUUGUGUAUAUUUGAAAAUAUUGCUGAUGAUAACAAAGCGUAUGGUGUCAAACAACCAUCUAAGCCGAUGAAUCCUAGUCAACAUGCCAAUGUAAAUGUUCCUAAACCAGAACCGAAAGAAAGUCCAGAGCAGCCAACGACAUUCGUCAAAAGAGAACCAGAGAGACUAGCAUUGCAGUCGGCUACUGUGCCACAGCUAUCACCAUUGUCGCAGCCUGCCGAGUUGACAUCAAACAUGGCAAAUGUAUCUCAACAACUACGCACUAUUAUGUCUUCAUUAAACAAUAAUGCCUCUAAAGUUGAAACCCAAACCAUAAUAAGAAAGAGUAGUGAUGCUGCAACACCUACUCAAGUCAACUUUGAGAAUUUACUACCAUCAUCCAAAGUAGAAGUCACUGCAUCUAGACCAUCUCCAAUACAAAGAAUCGAGAAGCCUACUACCCCAAUGUCCAAUACAGAAAAUAUACCGAUGAAUGCCGCUCAGGCAAUUGGCUCGAGGGUGAACGCUUUAUCAAAUAUGAGUCAAAUUAGAAAAUCUCCGACUAUUUCUCCUAUUAAUUCUCCUGUAGGUAUGCAAAAUUCUCUCAUGAAAUCACCCGCACAGUCGCCUUUAAUCUCAAAUCAACAACCAUUUCAAUCCAUGGAAGAUUCUGGUCCACCUUCCACGGCUUCUCAAGUGAUCCAAAUGCCGGCUCUUUCCAAAAUACACAGCUCAACUACCCCAGCCAAUAUAAUUCACUCUAAUACAAUCACUACUAGUAUGGGUAACUACCAACAGAAAAAUCAAGUUUUGCCGACUAGUAUAUUAGGACAUACACUUCUGCAACCUACAAGACAAAUCAAUACCAGCAACUUGAAUUUCAACCAGCAGAGCAUUAGUUCCAGCCAGCCUCCGGCGCUAGUAAUGACUUCGAGAUCAACGAUGAGCAACAAGGAAACUCCUCCUAAUGUUACUGUGCGCCCACACAGUGUAGUUAGCGCAAGCAUUAACCAAAUGCAACCGAAACCACCGCAAGGUUCGAUAAAUUUUAUUACGUCUUCAAAACUCUUACAUACACAACUGACCUCGCCUUUAAAAAGAUCUAAAUCUACCGAUGAACCGAAAAGUGAAGUAAUAGUUGGUCAUAUACAACCAACUAAAAGACAUAGCGUAGAGGCUGUAGUAGUGAAGUCAGAACCUAUGGAAACUGAUGAACCGAAUACGUCAACUGCUUUCGCCGACACUACAAACAAGCAUGUUAUACAACAGUCAACAGCAAAUCAAAAGAAUGAUGAAUCUCAAAAUGUAUUGUUGAAGCAGCUUUUACAAACCACGACUACAGCAGCCACAGUGGUCCCACAACGGACUAUGACCAUACAAAGAACUGCACCGGCUUUAGGAAGUAUACCUUCCCUAGAAGCUCAACUGGCUAGACCUUCCAUUCCACCACCAACGAUAUCUCUGGCUCAGGAGGUAGAAAUACCGAAAAAUUCCCCAAGACAUUUACACAACCCUAUAAUCAAUUCUCCUUUUACAAGUCGUCCACUCCAAACAUCUGUUCCGACUUCUUCAAUUUCACCCUUAACGCAGACUUCUACGCAAUCGCUGAUGGAUGUGCGCAAGCCACCAGUCAAAAUAUUAAACAAAGAUGACACUACGCCGAUGCCAGAAAAUUCACCAACAAUAAAAUCGAUGCCUAUGUAUCCUAUGAACUUAGACAAUCAGCAACUGCAUCAAGCUAUUAAGAAAGAAAUUGCUCCGCCACAGCAAAGUCCGGUUAACAGAUUUUCACCCUUGGAAGUAAAGAGAGAAUUACUUGAUGAGAGCUCUCAGCAGUCGGCUACGUCUGGCGUAUCAACUGCCUCUGACCAAGGUAAAAUGGAUCAGCCAAUGAAGGAAGAGUUCCCCGAAAACGCCAACACGGACGUCCCAUUAGAGGCGGCCCCUGAAACACCAUCAGAGGCCAAAAAACGUAAACGACGUGAAUAUCAGCAGAAGAAACGUAAAAUACAAAUGAAUAUGAAACAAGCUGCUGAGAAUAAUAUGAACCCUGCUAAUGCCAAAAAAAGACCUCGUAAAGGUUCAAGAUAUGACGAAGAUUAUGACACUUUUAUUGAUAAUUUGAUGGUGCAAUUGCGUUCUAUGCCAGCUAUGCAGAUCCAGGAACCGGCUCUUACUACUAAUUUCGCUGUCUGCCCUCUAUUCGGUUCUGGAGAUCUAACAAAAUUAAAGAACAAGGAUUAUGACAUACUAAAGGGUGAUUUGACGGGCGAGUUCGGCAAUGCGAAAAUACCAAAUGUUGCUGACUACUACAAUACUAAACCAUUCGGUGAAGAGGAACCAUUACCUGAAAAACCACCAGCAUCUACUCAAAGAGGCUUUUACGACCAAGAAUUCCAGCCUAUUGUGUUUGAGGAAGAUCCAGAAGAUAAAAAGUUAGACUUCAUAUGUAAAGAGCGUGACACAGAUACACCUGAUAGUAUUGUAAGCUGCUCUAGUCCAGAAUGCUUUGAUAUGGAACCUCUCAACAGAUUCCCGGGCUUAAGACUUAUUGAUGACGAGGAAGAGGAUGAUGAUAGCGAUUGUGCUUCUGGUCGUAUAUCUCCAGCGAUUCCAAUAAUAGCGCCUGUACCAAUCAGAGUCAAACCAGUCUCGCUUUAUCAAGCAAAGGAAGAAGAGGAGAAUCAAAAAGAUUUAAAGUAUCUUGAAACAGAUCCCGCUAAAUCAAAGAAUGUGGAUUCACCUGGCAGUACGGAAACGAAUGAAAAUGUUACCGUAACCCUUACUUUAACCUCUGGUGCUGCAGAAGACAUUCUUGGAGUAUUAAAAGAACUUGCCGGGAUUUUGCAUAUUCCACCACCGACUUCUUACCAAAUCAUAGAGAGAACUGCUACUCCACCGUCUCAUAAACUUGGUUUGUACAGAUCUAAAGGCAAAGAUGGUAAAGAAGGGACACCAAUUGACAUCCAAAGUAUACUAAACGGAGCAGCCAAAUUUUGCCGACAUUGCGAUGUUGUUAUUUUAGAUUCCGUUGUUAGAGCCAAAGCCUCAGAAUUCCCACUGCUAUCAGCCAAUAAAGGUAAUGCUGGUGAAAUUUUGUGUGAUAGCGACUCAGAUUUAUACUUUUGCAGUACUCAAUGCUACGAGAGUUUCGCAUGGCGACCUACUAACAUUAUUCUUGAUGGUAAAUCAAAGGCGACGGUGAAGGAGGACAGCAAAUCAGACACUGAUGCAAAUUUAUCUAAAGACCGUGACGAUUUUGAUACCGCAUCCACUGAAAGCAUGGAAACUGACGACUUGGAUAUUAAGCCUGACAUUAAAGAUGAAAAAAUGGACUUAUCGUUCAUGGAUUCACUCGAUAACGAUGAGCUAAUGAAAGAGGUUGGUGAUGAUGUCAGUGCAUUGGAUGAAGAUCUAAAAAGCGAGCAAGAUGAAAAGAGCAAUCAAAGUAGCAUCGCAGAGAAAGAAAAGUUCAAAGGCAUUCGAUAUAAGGCUUGGUCACCAGGAUGUAUAGGGCCUCCAGUCAAAUAUAAAAGACCGACUGACAGAGAGCUCACUGAGUUAGUCUUUCGUACUGGAGUCGCUAUAAUGCCUGUGACCAACGAAGACACCAGGAAGUGUGAAUUAUGUGGUAUUCAAGGUGACGGAGUAGCAGAUGGAGUGUCGCGACUUCUAAACUGUGACGUGAAUCGAUGGGUACACUUGAAUUGUGCAUUGUGGUCUGAAGGUGUAUAUGAAACUGUUAGCGGGGCUUUGAUGAAUGUCGAGACAGCCUUGGCAGCCGGUUCGAAUGCUACGUGUGCCGUAUGCCGAAGACUGGGAGCUACAGUCAGAUGUUUCAAGGUCCGAUGUGGCAGUGUAUACCAUCUCGGGUGUGCAGUAAAGGAUAACUGUGUGUUUUACAAGAACAAAUCCGCUUUCUGCUCGUCGCAUGCCCCGAAGAACGAAAAAGACAACGAGUUAACAACCCUAAGCGUACAACGACGGGUGUACAUAUCUCGUGACGAACAACGUCAGGUGGCAUCAGUAAUGUUGCAUUCGGACACUAAUCACUUGAUUCGGGUCGGGGGACUCAUAUUUCUCAGUCCUGGCCACUUACUGCCACAUCAAUUGGCUGCUUUCCAUACCCCAAACUAUAUAUACCCUAUUGGGUACAAGAUUGUUCGUUUCUACUGGUCAAUGACCCGCGCUAACACUCGCUGCCGGUACCUGUGUUGGAUCUCGGAGGAGGAAGGGCGGCCGCGGUUCCACGUGCGCGCGCAGGACGAGCCGCGAGGGGAGCUCGCCGCGCCCACGCCUCGCGCCGCCUGGGCCAAUGUGCUGGACGCGGUGGCGGCGCUUCGUGAAGGUCGAAGCGAAGACGGCGUGCUAAAGUUGUGGCCCAACUAUGUGACCGGUGAAGAUCUGUUCGGUUUGACCGAACCGGCCGUCGUUAGGGUUCUUGAAAGUUUACCCGGUAUCGAGACGCUGUCGGACUACCGGUUCAAGUUCGGGCGCUCGGCGCUGCUGGAGGGCGGGCUGGCCGUGAACCCGUCGGGCUGCGCGCGCAGCGAGGCCCGCGCGCGCUGCACGUGGCGGCGCGCCACGCGCUCGCUGCUGCCCGCCGCGCCGCCGCCGCCGCCCGCGCUCGACCACCCCGCCUGCCCCUACUCCAAGCAGUUCGUGCACACCAAGAGCUCGCAGUACAAGAAGAUGAAGUCGGAGUGGCGCAACAACGUCUACCUAGCUAGAUCUAAAAUCUCAGGAUUGGGUCUGUACGCCGCCCGCGAUCUUGAGAAACAUACGAUGGUUAUCGAAUAUAUUGGAGAGAUUAUUCGUUCCCAACUAUCAGAGAUACGUGAAAAGCAAUAUGAAGCUAAGAACCGCGGCAUCUACAUGUUCCGGCUGGACGAGCGUCGCGUGGUGGACGCGACUCUAUCGGGCGGGCUGGCGCGCUACAUCAACCACUCUUGCCAGCCAAACUGCGUGGCCGAGACCGUCGAAGUCGACCGACAUCUGCGCAUCAUCAUCUUUGCCAAGCGACGCAUCGCCAGAGGAGAAGAGUUGGCUUAUGACUACAAGUUUGAUAUAGAAGACGACGCCCACAAAAUAAUGUGCAUGUGUGGUGCACCUAACUGCCGUAAAUGGAUGAACUAA